CCAUAGUCCAACGCUCUCCGUACUCGCACAAGAAAAAACCGCCGAUCGAUCGAUAGCUCUCAGAUUCCAUAUGUAGAAGCUACAUGGCGCAAUUGCCCCCUUGCCUUUAAAAAUGGCCACAGGACGACAAACCCGCGCAGACCGCUUGAAUGAGCGCCUUCGAGGCGCGCAGCGCGCCAACGUAGACGAUGAAUCCUUCCAUCUCGACAUCAACAGCCUUGACAUCGGAGGCCUUGCCAUUGCAUCAUCCAUCGCAUCAGCCUCGAGUCCGGCGGCCCGGAACAAAUACUCUCCCACUACCUCAGCAAAGAGAAGGAAACUGGAUAAGAAUGCGACAGCUCCUCCAGAGCCUAAAUCGAGUUCCACGCCUCGACGACGGCGGGUCAGGUCCCAGCCCACAGAGCCACUGAUCGAACUGCCAACUCUGCCGAGCGAACCGAUGGACUACGACGCGGCGGAACAGGAGGAUGGCGAUGAUGACGGGGCUACACCCAGGCCGAGCAGGACAUAUCCGGUACCGAUGUCUAUGAGUUCUGUGCGGACCGUCGAUCCUCAGGUGGCAGACGAGCUUGAAACUUUGCCCCCACACCCUGGCGUUCAAUCACCUGUACCUAUGCAAUCUCCUGGCUCGGUGCGCAAAUCCGAUAUGAUGAUCAUCGAAGAGGUUUCAGAAUCUCCCGCGGAUGCGCCAGGAAGCGGAAAGCGGCGCCGGGUGCCUAUGAGCGAGACUCUCAGCUCUAGCGUGAGGUUGAUGGGUGUGCUAUCUUCAGACGACGGAAUUCCUAUGCCCUCGUCACCCCUUAAGAACAAGGCGCGUCGCAAUGGUGCAGCUACAGUCCGAUCCUCGCAAAGGUCAGCUGGAAGAGUAUAUGGCCAGGAUACGAGCCACUUGGCGGAUGAACUGUCGUCGGAUAACUUCCCCCAACUAGCAGGAAUAGAAGAGGAAGCGGAAAUUGAGGAAAUUGAGGCUGAGGCUACCGACUUGGUUAUUGAGGAGAGUACCUUGGCACAAGAUGAAGAGGAGCAAGAGGAGCAAGAGGAAGACCAAGAAGAGGAACAAGAGAACGACAAUGGCAUUGACAUGGAAAAAGUGGCAAGAAUUUUAGAGAGGGAAAGCGUGAGGCACCCACGAGAACCAUCUCCAGAAUUGGGAUCACAGGAAUUGGAGGAUGCAGAAGAAGUCGAAGAGGAGGAAUUGGAACUUGAACCCGAACCAGAAGAGGAAACUGAGCCUGAUGUAGAGGAAGCAACUGAGGCCGAAGAAGAAGAGGAGGAGGAGGAGGAAGAGGUGACAGUUCUGCCAACACCUCCCAAGCGAAAGCGCGGACGGCCAAGCAAGAGCCCAACCGUUCAAAAACAACCUGCUGCCAAGCCGAAACCUGCUAAACCACGAAAGCGCGUCGAGGCACAGCCGCAAGAUUCCAACGACGAAAACGACGAACGGCAACCUAAGAAAGGCAAAACGAAGAAACGACAUAGCGACCAGAGUGAGGGCGAUGGUGGAACGAUUGAAAUCACUGUCCAGCGAUUCGUUAACCAUAAGAAGCGUGGCCAUGAGGAUGACGAUGUAGAUCCUCUGCAGAAUGAGAUGGCAUUCGUCAACCACGGAGGAGAAAGUGUGAUUGAUGUUUUCGCUCAGGUCUGCGACGAGGUGAUUUCCUCAACAUUGGAGCAGUUUCAGGAGGUGGCUAGUGGUGCAGAUGACCCGGCAAAGAAGAAGGAGUAUCGCAUCAAAAUGCGAGCUAUUGAGGCUUACCGAGAGGAGCUCAAGUCUCGGUUCCUUCAACACGCUAUUCACUUGAACCACUGGCAUUCAUUGCGGAAACGAGUUCGACACGUGCAGAAAGAGAGGAUGGCUUUGCGCGAAGAGAUUAUGCGUAUCAAAGCCGAGCGAGAGCAGGUUGCUCUUCGCAUGGAUGCUAUUAGAAUCAAGCACGAGGCUGAUUCUAGAGAGUCAAAGUAUUGUCUCGACGCGUCUUCUCUCAUGCACGAUGUAGAUCUUGCCGUGGAACAGGGCCGGGAAGCACCAGAGCUUCCACGAGCGGCGCAAAGGGAGGCCGAAUUGGCCAAUCUCGAGCUGCUUGUGUCUCGCGUAUCAGAGCAAGCUAGCUCGUCAAGCUUUACAGGCGGGAUGCUCAAACAAGUCAAGGAGUUUAACUCAUUCUUAGAGCGGGCUGCGAUGGCACUUGAAUCACGAUGAUACCCCCCUCGUUAUUAAGCAAUUGUUUUAUUCAUUAUUUUGUACAAUACCCCCGCGUUACUGGAUCUUGGCCUUACUG